UGAUCGUGAUGGCUAUGGUGAAAGCCAUGAUAGAGACUAUUCUGAACAUCGAAGUGGAGGCUCUUACAAGGAUUCAUAUAAGAGUUAUGGGGGCUCCCAUGAUGCUCCAUCAGGAGGAGGUCCACCUCCGAGUUAUGGCAGAAGCAGUCGCUAUGAUGAUUAUAGCACUACAAGACAUAGAUAUGGAGGAGGUUGGAAAAGUCACUCAAGCAGCCGAAGUGAUGCAUACUUAAGUGGCCGUGACCAUGGUGGAAGACAAGAACGAGGAUUUCCAUCCUCCAAGGAUAGGGUGUACCUUGCUCCUCGUGAGUCAUACAGUAGCUCAGGUUGCGAGGCUUCCAGUGGAGGUCAUGGGGGAAGCCGAUCUGAAAGAGUAGGCCGAAACAGAUACUAA